UGCCUCAUUUGAAUAAAUGGGACAAAAACAUGUAACAGCAACAUGGCGGCGGCGCGAGCUAGUGGUCCUGUUCUCAGGCCAUUGUUCUCUGCGUUACUGUUCCUCUCUUGCUACGUGUUUCACACAGUUGCAUUGACAAAAGAUGAGCAUACUGAGGAACUCCUUAUUGUUCCCUUUAGAAGUGGCCAAGUGUACUCACACUUUGAGUUCACGACUUUGUGGGACCUGGAUUUCGCAGGAAGCGAGGGACCUCGAUACAAGCUGCAACAUUUCCGGCUAUUCCCGCGGGCUUUAGGGCAGGUGAUGGCAGAGUACCGCGUACAGGAGAUGCACCUGACUCUCACACAGGGUAUGUGGCAGCAGGACAAGUGGAGUUACCCACUCACCUCGGCUGCACCCGGGGCCGAGCUGUGGGUGUGGUUCCAGCGGGAGGUAGAUGAUGUAGAUCAGGCCUGGUUUGGCCUGACAAAUGCUCUUUCUGGACUCUUCUGUGCCUCACUCAACUUCAUCGACUCCACGUCCACGGUGACCCCAGAUCUGUCCUUCCGACCACAAGGCCUGGCACAGGGACUCUUCAAAACAAAACCAUCUCACCUACGAUAUGCGACCCUCCCCAGAGAGAAUGUGUGUACUGAAAACCUGACUCCAUGGAAGAAGCUGCUGCCCUGCAGUACCAGGACUGGACUAGCUGCACUAUUUCAUGCAGGCCAGCUGUAUAACACACAGUACAGUUCCCUGGGGGUCCAUCUGCGCCCAGUGUGCCAGAAUGACAGCUGUACAGAUGCCAGCCUGGAGCUGCGGCAGGUGCUGUCCACUGUUGCUGACCCCCCUGCUGUGCUGAAUGGCAAGCAGGACUGGUCCAUGAAGCGAUAUUUCUCCAGGUCUCUGUCAGGCCCCUGUCCCAUGGCUGGCACCAGCCGUGUGUAUGUUGAUGUGACUGGGAAUCAAACUAGCAGCUUUACUCUGAAACCAGAACCAACUGAACUCAAGGUGACCAGUUACCAGGAUUACAGCAGGAAACUGGCUGUGUACGAUCUCUGGACCUUUCCCUUCCACAAGGAGCAUGGUCUGAAUGUGGACAUGAAGUGGAAGAGGGAGGUGGCGUAUAACCAACUCACCCCUCCACUCCUGUAUGUGCACCGUUUUGUCACUGGGUAUGGUCAGGAACAUGGUGGCAUCAUGAGUCUCCUGUAUAACAGACAUCCGUACCUGGAACAACAGGUCAUCUACAUGGAGCUGGUACCAUGGUUCACCCGUAUGUACCUCCACACGCUAAAGGUGGAGACAACAGAGGGGAACCUGAUCCAACCACUGAUGACCCGGUACAAGCCUGGCCGUGACCGCCAGGCCCCCUAUCUUCUGGAGAUGGUCCUGACCCUCCCCCCGGACUCAACCACACGUGUCAGCUUCAGCUUUGAACGAGCCUUCCUUAAGUGGACAGAGUACCCACCUGACGCCAACCAUGGCUUUUAUAUCAGCUCUGCAGUACUCACAACAAUACUGAGACAAGCAGACAACUUCACCGUGCCACCCCACAUGGGCAGUGGGCUGGAGUCUGGACUGUUCCACUCCUCCUCUACAGAGUUCCCCCUGUGUCUGCACACAGAGACACUGCUGAUCAGCCUGCCUACACCUGACUUCAGCAUGCCCUAUAAUGUCAUCUGUCUCACCUGUACUGUUAUUGCCAUUGCGUUUGGUUCCUUGCACAACCUCACAACUCGCAGGUUCCAGUAUACAGAUUUGACAAAAGCUGGCUCGGGAGGUCUGCGUGCUCGGCUGGCCCGACUCUUCGGCCGUGAGAAACAAACUACAUCUGAAGAGCAAGGGGAAGAGAGUGAAACCUCUGAUGAGAACACGCAGGAAAAACUGUUAAACACCAACAGUGUUAGCGAGGAGGAAAUUGAUAACAAGGAUAGAUGAUUGUUUUAUAGACUCAGCUAAGUUUGCAGAGUAGAUGUAUAUACUAUACAUUUGUACAAAGGUGACUGAAUGCAGACAUAUUUUGGUUGAGUGGGCAGACUAAUCUCUCUUCACAGCAAGGAGCUUACAAUAGGCAGGGCUAAAUCUCAAGUGUCUGGAGCGGCUGCCAUUGACAACUCCAGCUCAGGUGACCUCAAUAAGACUGUUGCAAGGGUCUGAAGUGGCUGCCAUUCGGCACUACCUCAGGUGGUGGGUUCCUAAACGUGCUUGAGGUAUGGCUCCUCAAACACAGGAGGUCCCGAGGGAUGUCCUUAACCAAAGCAAGCUACUCAUUUUAACCUGAGUGAAGUGAGGAAAACACUGGUACAGUAGAAGCCAGUUAAUUGCACAACGGAUAAACGUUAACUGCACGGAUUUCCAAAAUCCCAAACCGGUGCGGUCCAGCUAGAUAACUUUGCAUUAUUGCACCAGCCGGAUAAUUGCACAGAAUUCACAGGCAAAUAGGCCGUACAAUUAAGCGGCUUCUACUGUACCAGUGGUGGUCCUUAGAUAGAUUUAAUCAUUGACACAAGUAUUAAGAUCCUGUCUGUAGGCACUUUAUUUCUGGUGCAUGGAGUCAAGCACACGCAGUCCCAAUAUAAUUGCUAAAGUAUGGUUAGAGAGUUGUUCCAAGAUCCACCUGCUACAAAUGACACCGAACCUUCCUAUAACAAGGAGAAAUCUGUUCUUACAGAAGUAGUUUAGCUACUUAAGGAAAUGACAAUAAAUAAAAAACGUGUUUGACAUAAUUCAAUCAAAGAUUAACUCUGCUGUAAAAACAAUGGUUGGAGAAGUCACUUGUAUAUGUUAUGAUAUUAAAAGUCAAUCAUAAGUCAAAUUUGUACACAGCUGCUGUAUAUUUUGUACUACAAUGAAUGAAAGACCUUUAUUGUACAUUUAUGUUCCAACAAGCUAAGUACAGGUUGUUGCGAUAAGGCACAAUUUCAUCUACAGAGACUACAGUUGUAAACAUAAGGGCAGAUGUAAUCAAUAAUGCAGGAUUGAUCUACUUGCAUAAAUAAUAUGAAUUUUUCCUUACUAUUUAUAUAACGGAAAUUGGGAAACAUAUCUUGCAUCCAAUCGAAGAGGAUGUUUCUUUCCUUGGUGUAUAAAGUACAGUCCAUAAUAAAGUGAUACUCAUCCUCUAUCUUAUUUAGAUUGCAAUAUUGGCAGAUUCUUUGCUCCGGAGGAAUGUGGCUAUGUCUGCCCUUUUCAAUAUGGAGUUUUUGUGAACUAAUCCGAAGUUUUGUUAUAGCUGCUCUGUGUCGAAUGUUUGCAGUUUUUAAGUAUUUCUCCUCGUUGUAAGUAGUCUUAAGUAAAUUGUAUGUUCGUAAUUUGUUGUUGCUGCGCAUUUCAAUGUACAUACUCUAGCAAUAACCAACUCAAUGUUAAAUUGUUUACAGUACAGUAUAGUAAUAACAAUGACAGUGAUCUUUAUUUGCAUGUUCUUGCCCAUAUGGGCUAAAUGCAGUAGUUACAUAAAACGUUUCUAUUAAGAAUCUUUACAGUGUCAGUGGGAGUUAACAAAAUAGUCACAUAUGUAAUGUUAUGCUAUGCUAUGCUAUUCUACAAUUUACAUGUCUCUUUCGUCUUCUCGAAACAAGUGUAUAUGAAUUCA